AUGGAAGACAAAAUGGAUAAUACAGGUCAAACUGAGCAAAACUGGGAUGCUGUUGAAAUCUCUGUCAAUAUUUCUGUCAGAAUAAUAAAUCAGAAGUAUACAACAGAACUGAAUGACAUCACAUCAUCUGAGUUCCAAAAUUUUGAGAGUGACUUUAAACAACAGAUGGACAUAAUUUAUAACGAUAUAGAGGGAUACGCAGGAGUGAAGAUCACGAGCAUAAGAAAUGGCAGCAUCAUUGUUGAUCAUGACAUUAUCAUCAACAUGACCAAUCCAGCAGAGCUUACUCCAGAAUAUCUCUCUGAGACAAUUAAAGACAUUGAAGUCAAACUGAAAGAAACAACUUGCAACAAUGCAACACAAGGUAACAGCACUCGAUUGGUACUUGAUCCUGGCUACUUAAAAGUUGAAGCAGUUGUAACUGGUGACUGUGCUUCACAGGUUCCUGAGAAUUUAAAGCAACAUUAUGAAUUGACUGUGACCAAUAAUGGAGCCAUAUGUGCUUCGAUCUGCAACGAAGCAAGAAAGGACUCACUGAAAUGUGGAAAUGGAAAAUGUGGAAUGACAAAUAAGGGAGCCAAAUGCUACUGUGAUUUAACUGGAAGUUAUUGGUACCUUGGGGAUUUCUGUAACAUCCCGAUUCACAAGAAUGGUUUGAUUGGUGGUUUAUCCGCGACAUUGAUCCUGUUUCUUCUGGGCCUUAUAGCCUUUGCAGUCUACAUGGUGUGGUUUCGAAGGAGCAGAAAGCAUUACUUCAGAGAAAGAGAGGACGAACAAAUCAAAAUUAUAGCACAACAAUGGGCAGAAGAUGAUUUUGAAUAUUGCAAUCCUUCAACAAUCACAGUAGCUAACAGAGAAGAUACCAGCUUUGACAAUUCAACAGGUGAAAGAAAAUUGACUGACUUUUCGAUUGUAAAUGUGAAACCGGAGCUAAACUCCAAAUUCAACUUCAAAACUGAGCAGGUGAAAAUCCAGAGGCCACAGAUGAAUGUCUAUAACACUGCUUCUCAUUUAUAAUGUGUUCACGUUGCUGUUUUACUGUUUGUAUAUACACUUCACAUCACUUUGUGUUUUGAUGUAAGAUCGAUAGGAGAUUUAUCAAGGUGAUUAUGCUUUUCUUCAUGCAAACUUCAUUGUUGUGCAUUGCAUAAUUUAAAUAAUUAGGAAUGUAAAUGAUUAGGAGAUACUGGAUUCCAGGUUGUUCCAUUGACAUAAAUAAAAACGCAGGAGAAGGUGAACUAAAUUGGAGUUAAGAUCAUCUAGCCUUCACCUGUUUAGUCAAA